AUGAAUCUAGCGGAUUUCUUUGGUGGGUGUGGGUCUAUAAAUGUAGCGGAUCUAAGUCUGUCACAGAAGUCUCAUAACAGAGUUUAAAAAGUGCUAAAGAACACAAACAUCUACAGCUGGAAACAUGAACAGACUCUUUUUUGUCUCGUUUGCCGUCGCCCUGUGUUUCAUUGGAGGUCAGGCUCUGAAGUGUUAUGACUGUACUGGUGUCUGGAGUCUGUGCGUAACAUCUGAAACGACCUGUUCAGGCACCGAUCAGUGCUUCAGUGGAGUGGGUAAAGCAGCUGGUUUUGUGGAUAUUAAGAUGAAAGGAUGUCUUGCGGUGGGAAAAUGCAACAAAACAGAUAAUGUUAAUUGGCCGAGUAACUCCUCCACUGUCUACACGAUGACAAAGACGUGCUGCUCCACAGACCUGUGUAACUCUGCCCUGGGACACCCACACGUCUCCACCAUCAUGACCACACUCGCUGCCAUCGCAUCUCUCAUGUCUGUCAAAUUCCUUGUGUGAAGAAGAUCGUCACACACAUUUAUAUAUAAUUCAUUAAAACACACAUAAACAAACAUACACAGAUUGCCUUUUCUUUCUUUCUUUUAAAUCCAAGGUUUUAUGAACGAAAAAUUGCAUUUUCUGUUAUAAUACCCAUGCAUUUCAUGUAAUCUAUCUAAAGAUAAUCUAUCUUUAUGAGAGUUUAUCAUCUUGAUCAGUCGUGUAAUUUAUCAGCCAAUUUUAUAAGCUUUUAACAUUUGUUUGUUAGAAAAUCAAAUGUGUAGGGAAGAGGAAAUUUUUUCGUUUGUUUUGUUGUUGGACAAAAAUGUGCCUGACGUGAUGUCAUUUCACAGAAAGUACAGUAAAUGGACUGAUCGGGCGCUGUGUGUUUUUAUGGUUAUCAUAAUGACUUAAAGCAGCAGAGUUGUUUACACUUUAUUUUAAGAUGUCACUCUUAUAGUUUAAUAAAACACAAUAUAAUUAACAACAACGGGGUUGUUUCCCAGACAGAGAAUAGUUUAAGCCAGGACUAGACCUAAGUUUAAUUAGGAAAUGUAACUAGUUUUAACAAAUAUAUAAAAACAUUACUUGUGUGCAUUUUGAGGCUAUGUCAGUGCAAAUUGUUUGUGAGUUUGGACAGCUCUUAAAUUUAUUUUAGUCUAGGACUAGUCUAAUCCCUGUCUGGUAAACAUCCCCAACAUGUACUUAAUAUAAGUUUAGGAUUUGCUUUAGUUGCAUGUAAUUAUGCAUAAUUUACUGUAAUAAUUGCAUGUAAAGUGUAACAAGGACACUGUAAAAUAAAGUUUUUGAUUUGGGUUGA